AUGGUUUCUCUCAUUAUCGCAUUCGCCGUAUGCGCCGCAUGCUACCUGACGGCAACACUUCUGCAGAUUGGUCGUAGAGACAAAAGGUUACCACCCGGCCCACCGACCCUUCCCGUGCUCGGAAACCUACAUUUGUUCUCUCCCAAAUACACUUACAGGCAGCUUACAGGAUGGGCAAGAACACAUGGUGAUGUAUUCUCUUUGAUGCUCGGUUCAGACCCUAUGGUUGUCUUGUCGAGCGCUAGCGCCGUACGAGAGGUCAUGGAGAAAAACAGCGCCGCAACCGUCAGCAGACCUCCAAACCACUUCGAUCGGACGCUCCAUGAUGGGAAAUAUCUUGCGAUGGCUCCGUAUUCAAACGACUGGAAGACCGUGCGAAGGGCUGCAAACUCUGUCUUGACACCCCAGGCCGCCGCGAAGCACUUGCCCAUUCAACGAGCAGAAUCGUUGCAACUUCUGUAUGACGUGCUUUGUACUCCCGAUCGGCUAUGGUGGCAUCUACGUCGGGCAUCCAACUCAAGCAUAUUUUCCGUGCUUUACGGGAAGCGCGUGCCCAGAUUGGACUCACCGGACAUCGACGCGGUGUUCCACACGAUCGAGGCAAAAGUACAGCUCUUUACCCCGGGCAACUUUGCGCCGGUGGACAUCUUUCCGAUCCUGAAGUACGUGCCAGAGAGAUGGGCCUCGUGGAAGUCAUUUCUACGAGAGACUGGCCGUCUGGAGAGAGCCGUGUACACAAGUCUUCUCCAGGAGUGUAAGGAUAGGGUGUCGGAUGGACGUCAGACCGGAUUGGAGUCUUUCAUGGACAUUAUUGUCAAGAGACAGGCGGAACUAGGGCUGACCGAUGACAUGGCUACACUAUUAGGCACUGUGCUCAUGGAUGGCGGUAGUGACACUACGCCUUCGUUCAUGCAGUCGUUUGUGCUCAUGAUAACGGCUCACCCGGAAGUGCAGCGCAGGUUGCACGAGGAGAUGGACGCGGUGGUGGGACGCGAGCGCGUACCUUGUUAUGAUGACAUCGACAAUCUGCCCUACCUGAAGGCGACAUUGAGGGAAGUGCAUAGGUUCAGACCCGUGUUUCCUAUGGCUAUCCCUCACGCAUCUAUUGACGAUGUUUGGUAUGGAGGUUACAUCAUCCCCAGAAAUUCCACCAUCGUUGUUAAUUUGUGGGGUAUAUACCACGAUCCGGAGGUUUUCGAUCAGCCAGACGUGUUCAAUCCAGACCGCUUCUUGAAGUCCGAGUUCGGAGUGAAGCCAGGCAUUGAUGAUGCCGCCUUCAAACAUUCCAUGCCAUUCGGGGUCGGACGGAGGAUAUGUCCCGGGCGUCAUGUGGCUGACCAGACCUUGCACAUCCAAACCAUGGAUCUUGUUUGGGGAUUCGACUUCACCUCCGACGAGGCUGUGGAUAUCGACGCUUACGAGCCUUACAUCAUCAUGUCGCCUAUCCCUUUCAAAUUCACCAUCAAGCCACGCAGCCGGAUGCAAGAAGAACUCAUACGCAACGAGUAUCGCGAGGCUAUACCAGCCUUUGAGCCAUACGAGGAACGACUCAGCGCUGACGAAAAGGCAUGGAUAACGAAGACUAGGCUCACGGUGGCAUCUUGA